AUGAUCAACGCCAAUUUCCCACAAGUCCUCGCCGCUGCCGACGAUAUCGGGUUUGAAACCAUGCGAAGUGAUGUGACCAAUAUCACGAGUACUGGUCUUAGUACGCUGUAUCUUCAAGCCAAAUCAACCUCCACACCCUCAAUUCUAGCAGAACUCUCCCUCUCCGAUUCCACAAAGAAGGCGAUUAAUAACCUGGAACGUUGUCUCCAGGAUAUCGGUCCAGAGUCUGGUAUAGGAAUUUCUCCAGCCGAUUGUGGUGAACAUGGCUCAUUUAACGGUAAUCUCCACACUAGUAAUAUUCACUUAGCACCUACAGCAAAUGAACAUAAAUGGAGUUUCAACAUGGAAGAAAAUGGAAGCGAAGAUGAGGAAAGUGGUCACCUAUUCCUUUAUACCACCCCUGACUCUCGCGUUGAACGCCAACUCUACUCAUUGGAUGGCAAUAGGAGGUCAUCUUUCGAGAGUGUCUACUCACCGCCUGUGGUGUCGGAACAAGUAGUAAAUGAACUUAUCAGUGUUCCCUCCCACAAAGUUACUGUUUUCCUUCAAGAUGACGCGCCUAAUAUCCGACCUGUAAAAGAAAUAACCCCACCUCCUAGAUUUCCUCAAAGAACUGACAACUUCGCUCCUUCAUCAACUUCUGUUACAACGUCAAUUAGUGAAAUUAUAUCCGCCCCUUCAUCAGAGCCAUCACCUACAAUUCCAGAAAAUGUUAAUAAAGAAAUAGACAUGUCUUCUACCCAUUCGGCGACGACUUUAGGAAAAGAGGACCAUAUGCAGGUUGCCGAGGUUAUGAACCAAUCAGAAUACAGUGAGGUGAAAAGCGAACGCCGUGGGGUGAAAACAACUACCGUUACUGUACCCAUUCCCCGUGAAGGGCAGUCUAGUGAGAGGAAGGAUUCGUCAAAAUUCACGCCCCGACCACGCAUUCAGGCGGUGAUUCAGAGGCCGAAGAACAUGGAAUACAUCGAUGAUGACGAGCAGGAGUGGGCUAGAAAGAUCAAGGAGAUUGCACAAUGGCAAGCGGAUGUAAAUAUGGCCAUGCAGAAUGGAAUUUCGAAUGGAGCCUUUAUAAAUUCUCCCGAAGACGAAGUUGGAGAUGAAUUGACCAUAUCUGAAUCGCGUAGACCAAAGCCCCUGAAAAGACGAAAUCGACUUAAUGUAGAUCACACAAGCGCCAUACAACGCCCAGCAAUGGUGACCACCCGGAUGUUGGAAGGUACUUCUCAACCAGUCAAUGGAAACAAGCUGGAAAACAUGGUAAGUAGACAUCAUUUUUGUUUAAAGGUUAAAACCAAUCAAAAGACCUAUGCAAGUAUAUUUAAUGACUUAUUCAUUUUGAAGCAGCGCUUGUUACAAACAUCCGGAAACACAUUCAACGAAAAUAUUAUUCGAAAUGAUAUGUUUUCGAGACGUUUCGGAAUAUCCCAAAAUCCAACUCACGCCCAACAGACUGCAUUCCCCAAACCACUUCCCAUUCCUUCAGGAAAUAGGUGA